AUGACUAUCACCGAUCUUGCCAACUACGCCCGCUGGACCGAAUUGAGCCAUAAGCAUGCAAAGAAUUACCGGUUACUUCCCCGUGACCUUCCCAGAAGCGAGGACAUGACUUCGUCGCAAGCCUCGUACGCGAGGGACAACUACGCCUUAUACCGUUUGGAGGCAAAACUCCCACAUGACUACAAUGGGAGACCCACCAAGCGGCAAGUCAUCCUCGACGCUGCCGAUCACGUUCAGGCUCAGCAAGACCAAAUAGCAGAGCUUACUGGCAAAUUGGCUGCCAGAGAGGAUCAGUUAAAGAAAAUGGUCGAAAAGGCCAUAACCAACAACAAGGAAAAGGCUACUUUGGCGGCCGACUUAAAACGUAGCUAUGCCAAGCUGGAUGGCGUUAAAAACGCCAUUAACAAGCAUCGUGUUGAUGGUGAUUUCGAGAAAUUUUACCAGAGGAUCGAAAGCAUCAUGGUGUGUGGCAAGGAUGUUAUCAAGGAUGACAAAAAGGAAGAUACCCAAGACAAGGACGAGAACAAUGAGGAGGAAUAA